ACAAAUUUCCGUUUAAAUCUACAAAAUUUUCUCGUUCAAACCCCACGAUUUUUUCUCAAAAUUUCUAACAACUUUUCUUGAUCGUUGCGUUGGAAUCUCGAUUUUUUUUCCGGUGGUAAGAAAAUGAGGAACGAACGUGGUGGAACGGUGGUUGUUGAGCGCAGUAGCCUCUACAGCCGUCCCAAGUUCGGCGAUCUUCUCCAGCAACCCGAUCCUAAUUCAGUGUUUAUCGCAAACAAUCACACCGACAACGAUGAUCAGUGUUACAACCGGGAUAGUAGCUUCUCCUUGAUUAGCCCCAGGUAUUCGCACUACACGAGUUCCUCCACUAGCGGCGAGGCCUCCCCCUACGCCAUGUCGCCGUGGAACCAUACUUCACCGAUCAUCAAGUCCCCGUGGAACCAUCCUUCACCGAUCAUCAAGUCCCCGUGGAACCAUCCUUCACCGUUCAUCAAGUCUCCGUGGAUGGCGCCGCCCGGCAUCGUUGACGAUUAUGGUCAAACCGGGCUGAUUGGAUCGAUUGUAAGGGAAGAAGGUCAUGUGUAUUCGUUAGCGGCGUCUGGGGAUUUGUUGUACACUGGAUCCGAUAGCAAGAACAUUCGGGUGUGGAAGAAUUUGAAAGAGUAUACCGGGUUUAGAUCUCACAGUGGAUUGGUAAAGGCGAUUAUCAUUGCCGGUAACAGGAUUUUCACCGGUCACCAAGAUGGUAAAAUCCGGGUAUGGAAGGUGUCAGAGAAAAGCCCAAAAGUCCAUAAACGAGUAGGAGCUUUACCGUCUUUGAAGGAUUUUGUCAAAAGCUCUUUUAACCCCAAGAACUACGUCGAAGUUCGUCGGAGUCGUAAUGUUUUGAGAAUCAGACACUUCGACGCCGUAUCAUCGUUGAGUUUGAAUGAAGAAUUGGGGUUGUUAUAUUCAGGAUCUUGGGAUAAAACAAUGAAAGUGUGGCGGAUUGCGGACUCGAAAUGCUUGGAAUCUAUCAAUGCUCACGACGAUGCCAUAAACUCGGUGGCGGUGGGAUUUGAUGGGAUGGUGUUUACAGGGUCGGCGGAUGGGGCGGUGAAGGUGUGGAGGAGAGAGCUGCAGGGGGAUGGAACGAAGCAUUUUCUAAUGCAAGUUUUGUUGAAUCAAGAAAAUGCUGUUACGGCAUUGGCCGUGAACCGGGAAGCUGCCAUAGUGUACUGUGGCUCAUCGGACGGACUCGUUAACUUUUGGGAACGUGAGAAACACCUCUCACACGGCGGUGUCCUGAGGGGCCACAAGUUGGCGGUGUUGUGCUUGGCUGCGGCUGGGAAUUUGGUGUUCAGUGGGUCUGCCGAUAAGAGCAUAUGCGUGUGGAGGAGGGAUCCGGGUGGGAUCCACUCGUGCCUGUCCGUUUUGACGGGCCAUACCGGGCCUGUUAAAUGCCUGGCCGUGGAAGAAGAUCGUGAGGUGCCAGCGAAGGGAGAUCAACGGUGGAUUGUGUACAGUGGCAGCCUGGACAAAUCCGUCAAGGUGUGGCGCGUGUCAGAUCACCAAGCAUGAUUUUGGCUACGUGGGGGCUAAUUAUGAUUAUAUGAAUAGUAAUAUGAUGAUCGGAAAGAGACAACAAGCGUCUCUUUGCUUCUACUUUGCAUUUCAAACUCGUCCAAAUAUUGCAGAUAAAUUUGUGCAUACAUAUCGAGUCAAUUAUAAUUUAAUAAGUUAUAAGUAUUAUUAGAAUGUUUUAGGCGAUUUUGAUAUGUUUAAGAUUGUGAUUACUUGUAAUUGACUCAUUAUGUUAAGCAUAUAUAUGUCGAGAGUGAAAGGAGGUGUAACGGUCACCGGGAGCCACAGGUGGUCGAGAAAUGAAGCAGGGGAAGAGGGGCACUGCAACGGUGGUUUAUUUCCAUGGACCACCUGAAGAAGAUUGGAACCUUGGCGUUGAAGGCAUUGCGGAAUGGUGGGCAUGGGCGGUGCCUACGUGUACAUAUGGGAAAGAAGUCUACGAAUAAGAGACUGCCAUGUCAUAAAAAGUACGAGUAGAAUUUCUUUCUUUUGUAUUUGCAUUAAAAGCAGAGGGGUGCGUGUUGGCUCCAAAGAAAUGUUUGUAUUAUAAGCUGGGAGAGGCGCCACCCUUCUGACAAAAUGGAAAUUUGGCAUGUUCCUUCAAUAUAACGAUGUUGAAAAG